GAGCGCGGGAGAACGGCGGCGCGCGAGCGGCCGGGAUGGGAAUCCAUGGCUUGGCCAAGCUUAUUGCCGACGUGGCUCCCGGGGCCAUCCGGGAGAACGACAUCAAGUCCUACUUUGGCCGGAAAGUGGCCAUCGACGCCUCCAUGAGUAUCUACCAGUUCCUGAUCGCCGUGCGGCAGGGAGCUGAUGUGCUCCAGAAUGAGGACGGGGAGACCACCAGCCACCUCAUGGGAAUGUUCUACCGCACCAUCCGCAUGGUGGAGAACGGCAUCAAGCCAGUGUACGUGUUCGACGGGAAGCCCCCGCAGCUGAAAUCCGGGGAGCUGGCCAAGCGCACGGAGCGCCGGGCCGAGGCAGAGAAGCACCUGCAGGAAGCUCAGGAGGCUGGGGAGGAGGAGAACAUUGAGAAGUACAGCAAGAGGCUGGUCAAGGUGACCCCGCAGCACACUGAGGAGUGCAAGAAGCUGCUGACGUUGAUGGGCAUUCCCUACGUGGAGGCACCCGGAGAGGCAGAGGCCAGCUGUGCUACCCUGGUGAAGGCUGGGAAGGUGUACGCCGCCGCCACGGAGGACAUGGAUUGCCUCACCUUCGGCAGCCCCGUGCUGAUGCGGCACCUCACAGCCAGCGAGAACAAGAAACUGCCCAUACAGGAGUUCCACCUGAACCGGAUCCUGCAGGAUCUGCAGCUGACCUGGGAGCAGUUUGUGGACCUGUGCAUCCUGCUGGGCUGCGACUACUGUGGCAGCAUCCGUGGCAUCGGGCCAAAGCGCGCCGUGGAGCUCAUCCGGGAGCACAAAUCCAUUGAGAGGAUCGUGCAGCAGCUCGACACCAAGAAGUACCCCCUGCCCGAGAACUGGCUGCACAGGGAGGCCCAGAAGCUUUUCCUGGAGCCCGACGUGAUCGAUCCUGAGGCCGUGGAGCUGAAGUGGAGCGAGCCGGACGAGGAGCAGCUGGUGCAGUUCAUGUGUGGGGAGAAGCAGUUCAACGAGGAGCGCAUCCGCAAUGGCGUCAGGAGGCUGAGCAAGAGCCGCCAGGGAAGCACCCAGGGGCGGCUCGACGACUUCUUCAAGGUCACCGGAUCCAUCACCUCGGCCAAGCGCAAGGAGCCGGAGCCCAAGGGAGCGGCCAAGAAGAAAGCCAAGACCAACUCCAAGCCCAGUGGCGGCACGGCCACAAAGACUAAAAAGACAAAAUAACCAGAUUGGGUGCCCGCAGACCUUUGGGGCUGGCUUUUUUGGGGGGCUUAAUAAGGAAUUUUAGCCUAAUGACAGUUGUGUGUCAGUGCUGCGUGUUAAUGCUGGGAAGGAAUGGAUGAGGCCAGCAGAGUGGAGCAGCCUCUGGGCACAAACACGCCCAGAUUUCAGAAUUCCAUAGCUGAACAGCUGCAGAGCAGAUUCAGGAAAAAUCAGAUUUCAGCCUGAUCCCAUCCAUCCCAGAAGAGGUAGAUGCAAGCAGAAACUAGAAAGAUAGGAAUGGAAGGCAAGAUGGAAUUGGGAAGGAGGCUUCCAGUAAUGAGGUGAAAUUCUCCCUUUAACCCAAGAGCGUUCAUGAAGGUUUUUCCUUCCCUUUUUGUGGUCACUCUCCUUAUUCAAAACCUAGAUCUCAAUUCCAAUAAUACUGUGGGUCGCUUUUAGUGCAUAAUCCAAAGAAAGCUGAGCCCAGGCUGCAGCUGUCCCAGCCUGAAAUUUGCUUAGAAAUGCUUAAAAAAUAAAAAUAUCCAUAAGCUUAGAACUGCAGCGUCUUCAGUCCCUGAAUUCCAGAGGCAUUUUUCCGUGUUGUACAUAAUAUGCAGGUCCCAGGAUGAGAGUGAAAAGUGAAAACGUUUUAUUUUAUUCUGUAUUUUCUAUAGAUUUUUUGGGUUUUGUUUUUUUUUUUUUUUUUUGCUUGUCAGAGCCACAGCAUGGGUUUUGUUUUCAGAAUAAAAUUUGAACACAAAGGCUGUGUUUCUCUUUCUCCAGAGAAGUGGCUUAAACCGUGGUUCUAAAUGAAAAUCCAAGUUCUAGUGGGAGUUAUGUAACAGCCCAACAAACCAAACGCAGUCUAGAACACAAAGAAUUCCAAUUUUGAGCUCUUUGGAUGCUUUACAGACAUCAGAAAUCUGUGAGUCUGCUCUUUGCCAGUUUGGAAAAUGAUACUGGCUUCUUUUGUGGGGAAAUUGUAUUAAAUAUUUAUUAUCCAAUAAUCUUGCUGAAAUUGGGAUUUAUGUUUCCUUGCUGUGGAUUCUCGUGCAUGUUUCAAUCCAUAAUCCAGUUAUUUUUUUCCAAAGGAGUUUUAAAUUAAGUGUACCUCU